AUGAAGAGCAGCUCUAUUAGGAUGCUGUGGAGAAGGGAUAGAGAGCAAGACAAGUGCAAUGCAGUUAAGAUGAUAGAGGUGUGGCCUUUCCAUGUUCAUAGGGUAACGGAUCUAGCUGAGGCUCUGGAGGCAGGCGGCUGUGACCUAGAGACUGCAAGAAAUAUUAUUCAAGGACGACCGAUUCCUUCAGAUCUCAGGGCAAAAGUGUGGAAGAUUGCACUUAACGUGGCAGGAAAAGGUGACAGUCUAGCAUCCUGGGAUGAUUCUCUUGACCUUCCAGAACAGCCAUUGAUUCAUAGAGCUUGCAAAAAACUUAUAGACCAGCUUGUUGUGCCAGAAGACAGGAAAACAUCAGUCCUUCAAGAUGUUGAAUCUGUUGUUACUUUUUACUGUAAAUCUCGAAAUGUCAAAUACCAGGAAGAUGUCAGCUGGAUUCACCUCCUGCAACCAUUGGUGGACCUCAACUUGCCACGUAGCGACUUGUAUAAUUGCUUCUAUGCAAUAAUGAAUAAGUAUAUUCCCAGGGAUUGCUACAAGAAAGGAAAACCAUUUCACUUAUUUCGUCUGCUUCUUCAGUACCAUGAGCCAGAACUCUGUUCUUUUCUAGACACCAAGAAAAUCACACCGGACCUUUAUGCGCUUAACUGGCUUGGAAGCAUGUUUGCUUAUCACUGCUCAGUCGAAGUCACUCAAGCAAUUUGGGAUGGUUAUUUACAGCAUGCAGAUCCAUUCUUUAUGUACUUCUUGAUGCUGAUAAUGCUCGUCAAUGUAAAAGAUGUUGUUCUGACAGAAGAAAUGGAAAGUAAAGAAGAGCUUCUAAAAUUCCUGGAAACUCCCCCAACAAAUUUGGAGGUCGGAGACAUUGAAGACCUGUUCAGUUUAGCUCAGCAUUACCACAAUAAAACUCCUGCGUCUUUCCGUAAGGAUAACCAGAAUCUGUUUGGUAGUAGCCUCAUCGCUCUGAAAGAUGACACUGAUCUUAGCCAAGCACUUUGCUUAGCAGUUUCUGUAUCAGAAAUUCUUCAAGCUAAUCAUCAAGAGGAGGGCGUACGGUUCUUUGUGGUGGAUUGCAGACCAGCAGAGCAAUACAAUUCUGGCCACCUGUCUACUGCAUUUCACUUGGACUCUGAUCUGAUGCUGCAGAACCCUGGAGAGUUUGCCCUGUCGGUGAAGUCUCUCCUGGAAGCUCAGAAGCAAUCGCUGGAGUCUGGCUCAGUAGCUGCAGGAGAACACCUGUGCUUUAUGGGUAGUGGAAGAGAAGAGGAGGACAUGUAUAUGAACAUGGUGCUCGCUCACUUCUUACAGAAAAACAAGGAAUAUGUUAGUAUAGCCAAAGGAGGAUUUAUGGUGCUACAGCAACAUUUGGCAGAUAUAAAUGUAGAUGGACCAGAUACUGGGUAUGGACACUGGAUUGCCAGUACGUCUGGCUCACGCACCACUAUGGGUUCCUAUGCAGAUGAGGAUUCUCCUAAUGGCUUAGCUGACGGCAGAGGUGUGAAAUCCUUGGUUAAUAAAAUGACAGUAGCAUUAAGGACCAAAUCUGUGAAUGUGAAGGAAAAGGUGAUCAGCUUCAUUGAGAACACCUCCACUCCAGUAGAAAGGCACAUCAGCAGCAGUGACAGGGUGGGAAAGCCAUACAGAGGUGUAAAGCCUGUAUUCAGUAUCGGAGAUGAGGAAGAGUAUGACACAGAUGAGAUUGAUAGCUCAUCGAUGUCGGAUGAUGAUCGCAAGGAGGUUGUUAACAUUCAAACAUGGAUAAACAAACCUGAUAUCAAACAUCACUUCCCAUGUCAUGAAGUUAAAGAAACCGGUCACAUGUUUCCAAGUCACCUUCUGGUAACGGCAACCCAUAUGUACUGUUUGCGGGAGAUCCAGUCUAGGAAGGGAUUUGCAUAUAUACAGUCACGUCAAGCGCUGAGCUCAGUUGUAAAGAUCACAUCUAAGAAGAAACAUCCAGAGCUGAUCACAUUUAAAUAUGGAAAUAGCAGUUCAACAGGAGUGGAAAUAUUAGCAGUGGAGAGGUACUUAAUACCAAACGCAGGAGACGCUACCAAAGCCAUCAAACAACAGAUCAUCAAAGUUCUUGAUGCCUUGGAAAGCUAACAGCACAUCCACCACCCUUUUCUAUGUGUUGACAGGAUAAUAAAGUAGUUAAUUUAAUUUUCUUGGGGUUCUAUUUCAUAACACUCCUUUUGCAUAAGUUGUGUUUUUUUUGUUUUUUACAAUUUCCAUUUUGACAAGUGUACAUUACUGUACUGAAAACGACUGUUGUGGAGUGAAGGAGUGAGAUCUGACGUGAUUGUCCUUGGCUUUGGAAAUGGGGACAAUGGAGAAGUGAUGUGGACUUUUUUUUUGUUUUUCUCUACAUUUCUGAUAUUUUGUGUAAAUAAAGGGGAAACACUCAGGUUAGCGUACCGGUGAUGGUAAGCACAGAGCCCUGACUGGAUCAGUAUUGACAGCGGAUGGUGCACAGAGAGGACUGUACUAUGCACCAGAAGCACUCCUCAUCAUAACCAAAUCGCGUUUAACCACAGUGCACUAAUAGGCUCUCUAAUUAGCUUUUUCUUCUUUUUUUUUU